GCGACGGAGCGAAUGAUCCUGGACGAGGCCGAGAAAUCCUCGGUGAUGCGGGUCGACCGCUCACGCUCGUGCAUUGCGCCGAAGGUCGUGCCAGCGGCGGGCGAAGACUAUGGAGCAGAUGCCAGAACAAUCUACAUCGACAGCUUCGGCACCACGGACGACCAUGACUCGCUGCGUCGCACCUUCACCAAGUUUGGCAAGGUGAACUUGGUGAGCAUGCCGAGGUUCCCACAAAGCAAAAAGUUCAAAGGCUUUGGGUUUGUGGAGUUCGCGGAGCAAGAUUCUGCCGAAAAAGCUACUGCCAAGGCCUCGGAUGCUGACCUGCGCGGCAUUCGUGUCAUGAGUAAGCGCCGAUGGCUCGAGAUGAAGGAGCAGUUGAAACUUCGCUUGUCCUGCCCUGGUACUUCUGGAAGCAGUGCCAGCGCCAAAGUAGACGACGCCAGUGACUCCAACAAGAGUGCUAACUUGGUGACUGCUUCCGGUACGAAGAAAAAGAGACGCCAGAAGCCAGCAUCAGGCGGUCAUAUCCAUUUUGGCAACGAGGACAGUGACGAACAGCCUGUCGACAACGAUAGCAACGACAAUGAGGACAUGCCAACCAAGAAACAGAAAAUAUAAAGCAGAGC